CAGGUUGUUGUUUUUUUUGUUUUGCAUUUGAGCUCCGCCUUCGUACUUGGAGGGAGGUGUUGAAAGUUGCACUCUGGUUGCUAUGGCCACACAGCAGCAGGCAGAGUGGUGUAUAUGACGGGGGAACCUGCUGCAUGAACUGCUGCAUGGACAGACUGAAUUUGGACAAUGAAGACCACUUUACUGCAUGUUGUACCACCAGUGAGCAGAGACAGAAUAAUUUCCCACUUUCCAAAAUGGUACACACCUGAGGCCUGCCUGCAGUUCAAAGAUCACUUCCACACCCAGGUGAGGAGUGCCUGUCAGCGACGGAACACUGGUGUUGUCGGGUUAAAAAUAUCCAAAGUGGUUGUGGUGGGAGACCUCUAUGUUGGAAAAACAAGUCUCAUCAACAGGUUUUGUAAGGAUGUGUUUGAUCGUGAUUACAAGGCAACUAUUGGAGUGGAUUUUGAAAUUGAACGUUUUGAGAUAGCUGGAGUCCCCUAUAGUCUCCAAAUAUGGGACACAGCAGGUCAAGAAAAGUUCAAGUGCAUUGCAUCUGCUUAUUACAGAGGAGCAGAGAUUAUUAUAACGGUCUUCGAUUUGAAUGAUAUCCAGACUUUGGAUCAUACCAAACAGUGGCUUCAGGAUGCACUGAGGGAGAAUGAACCAGGGUCCAGCUUCAUCUUUCUAGUUGGAACAAAAAAAGAUCUAUUGUCCACUGCUGCAUGUGAGCGGACAGAGCUGGAUGCCAUACACUAUGCCAAUGAGAUGCAGGCUGAGUACUGGUCAGUUUCAGCCAAAACAGGAGAAAAUGUCAAGGAGUUUUUUUCCCGAGUUGCUGCCUUGGCCUUUGAAAAGUCCAUGCUGUUGGAACUGGAGAAGAGCAACAGCCGCAUGGCCCAGAUCGGUGCAGGAAACCUUAUCAAUAUAGAAGGAACUUCACUGGAGGCUUCAGAAACCAACCAUCAAACCAACGUAGGUUGCUGCUAAUGGCCAGAUUUUGGUGCAGGUUUCUCAUACCAUCAGUGCUUCAGGAAGCUGAAUCUGGGAACAAAGAAGAGGGCAGGGAAGAAGCAGUGCAAGCCUGCCCUUUGCUAUAUGUUGUAUUGCCCUUCAGUGGUGCCACCUCCUGUGUUCACAUGGUGGGAACCUGUCUGCCUUUCCCAGAAGAGGAUGUUAACAACACAGCCUGUCUGUUUUUAGGAAAAUUGCCUUAUGCUGAACUUGUACAACCUGUCUUAUUCUCCAGGAGAGGAGAUGACAGGCUUGACUAUGGGAAGAGUUCUGGAGCAAGCUAUUGUAUUUUUUUGUAAAUUGAACCAAAUUGAUGGGCAUUCUCUUACUAUAGCAGUUUCAAAUCCUGGUUAAGCUGAAACCCUGGUUUAGCGUUAACCUUGGCUUGUUGGCAUUGUAACCCUUAGCCAUGGCUGGGAUCAGCAGAAGGAAUUUGUGCAUGAGAGGCAGUAGAGUGUGCAAUCCCAUGGUUUAUUCCCUAAUCCUGGUUAAGAGUCAAACCACAUUAAUGUCUGCACUGUCCUAUGAAGAAGUGUUGUCUGUAUUGUUUUGAAAGGCUUUAGAGAAUACAUACACAAGAUAAGGUGUUAAGAACUCUUGUACAAAGCACUGGAAUUGAACUCUUGCACAAAACACUGGAAUUAUUUCUAAUGUGCAGUGUAUAUGAAAUCCAGGUACAUUAUUUUGAAUUAUGUAUACUUCAAAUUUCCUUUGUAAGAUUCUUUUUAGGAGCCAGAAUCAUUAUAGGCUGCCACGCCCCCUAAUGUGAAAGGGGAGAGAAGAGACUGUGUGCAGAGUGAAAUGGCUUGGCUCUUGUUUUCUUGUCCAGAGGCUUGUGUCUUGGCUGAUCCUGGUGAUCUUCUGGUUCAGCUCUGUGAAUGAUCUCUGCUGACUGAAUUGUUAAGAAGGCAGGAAUGUUGGUCAUAUGGCACUGGAAACAAGUAAAUUACUUGUUAUAAUGUUUUGUAUGGCAGAAUACAUUUUGUGGCAUGCCAGUAGCCCAAAAUGAUGCAGGGGGAGAUUCCAAUUCUGCCAUCAUUCUCCUGUCCGUUCACUUAGAGGAAACUUUUACUCCCCGCAGGUAAACAGCUGAUUUGGUAUUUACAGGCCUACUGUAAUAGAAUAAACAAUUGGAAGUAGCUUUGUUCCAAAGAAUCCUAAAUCCAGAUCUGUACUGUAGAUCUGUGUGUGCCUUUUAAAAUAAUUGAGAAGACACUCUAACUCCUAGGUAAAGUCCUGGUAUAUACAUGCAGCUAAAUGAGACAGUAGAAUUUUGAGGUGACAAAAAACGAUGUACCAUUUCAGACCCCAUGGAAACUGUUGAAUUUUAAUGACCAUCUAUGUGAAACCAUAUAAAAAUUACCUUAUCAAGAUGA